AUACGAACACACGAAAAUAAAACACAACACAGAGAGGAGCAACAGCAAGACACUCGCAACCAUGGAGAGCACAUCUUCAUUUUUAAAAUCGGUAACCAAGCGAGUGUGGUCGCCGGUGCAGCGACCUUUCAGGGUGUGUUGUCACAACAGAGAGAUCAGGAAGGGCAUCACAGCCGGAACCCUGGAGGAGCUGAAAGAAAGGGUAUGCCAGGCGCUGCUGCUGUCCCUGUCUGCUCUGUCCGUUUCUCUGGUUUGUGAGGAGGACGGUACAGAAGUCGACUCUGACGAGUUCCUAAUAACACUGCCUGACAACACCACUCUCAUGGCCCUGGAGCCUGGACAGACAUGGAGACCACAGACUGGUGCGGUUGUGGCCAAAUCUCAAGAUCACAACAAGCCUCGCAAUGGGAAAGACAUCGCUCGAGUCACCUUUGACCUUUACAAGAUGAGUCCUAAAGAUCUAUUUGGCUCUCUGAGUGUGAAGGCCACAUUUCAAGGCCUGUACUCUGUGAGCGCUGACUUCCAGUGUCUUGGGCCCAAGAAAGUCAUCAGAGAAGCUCUGCGUGUGGCCUCCACCCUCCUCCAGGCUGCCGGACACCUGCUCAUCACUUCAGCGUCCUUGAUCCGACGUGUUAUUGAAGGAGCAGAGUUUUGGCAGCCACAGAGAGCAGAGUACACAGCCAGGUGGAACUGAACAAGUAACAGAGAUUAACUAAGUCUGAUGACAUUAAAUGGCUGGUUAAAUAAGAACUUGAAGGUUUGUCUGACUUGUUCUUAUCCUCAUGAACAAGCUUCUGAUUGUGGAGCUCUGUAUUCUUUCACUUACUUCCUUGAACGGACAACAAAAUAAACAUGGCAUGAACAUCUCUUUAGACAUAUAGAACACUGGUUUUAAAGGUUUACUGUGUAAAAUUUGGGUGAAAUAAUCUUUAAUUUGCCUACAUUUUAUAUAAAAUAACUUUAUUUAAUUUUCUUUUACAUGUGUGCAAUCACCUGAUUUUAUGAAUUGCUGUUUUUCAUUACCCCAGAAUAGGCCUUUUAUAUUUAUAUAAGGAGCUGGCUCAGCUCGACAGAGGCAGCCAUUUUACACCACCAUGUUUUUACAGUAGCCCACAGUGGACAAACUGAACAUAUUUUGCACACUCUACCUUUAAACAAUCUACACAAAAUGCAAAUCUGUAACCAUUUCACAUUGGAAACUGUCUUUAGUAACAACAGAGUAAAGUUAACAAAAGCAGGUAAUUAUUCUAUUUUUAUCCAGAAAUAGUGUCAUAUAAUCUGGUCACAAACAGGAUGUGGUGAUCAUUUUAUUGAUCUGCAACAUUGUCUCCUUUUGAAAAAGAGUGUUUUCAUGAGGUCACACUUGAACAAUAAACAAAGUAAACUUGAA